UCGCGGCCGCCUGUGUUUCAGCAUGAAGCUUGGCUAGCAGCAAAAUGAACUUACCGGGGGAAGAUGCCCGUCGGGUUGAACACUUGCUAGCUGAAAGCUGAAGCGUGGCCACCAGCCUGUGGGGAGGAGAACAGGAUGCGGGUCACCAUGAGGAGGGUGUUGCUGGUGGUGGGCUCGGUGGUCGCCCUGAUGGUGACUCUGCACCUCGGCCAGCAGGUCCUGGAGUGCCAGCAGGUCCUGAGCGAGAGGAGACACAGGCUGAUGAGACCCGAGAACGAGGAGCUGGUCAUGGUGGACUCCAACCACGUCGAGUACCGUUACAGCAAGGAGAUGCCCCUGAUAUUCAUUGGCGGGGUCCCGCGGAGCGGCACGACGCUGAUGAGGGCCAUGCUCGAUGCCCACCCUGAGGUGCGCUGCGGAGAGGAGACCCGCAUCAUCCCCCGCGUGCUGGCGAUGCGGCAGGCCUGGUCCAAAUCGGGGCGAGAGAAGAUGCGCCUGGACGAAGCGGGGGUGACGGACCAAGUUUUGGACGCCGCUAUGCAGGCCUUUAUACUGGAAGUGAUCGCCAAGCACGGCGAGCCAGCCAGGUAUUUGUGUAACAAGGACCCCUUCACGCUGAAGUCCUCUGUCUACCUGUCCAGGCUGUUCCCCAAUUCCAAAUUCCUCCUGAUGGUUCGAGACGGCCGGGCUUCGGUCCACUCCAUGAUCACGCGGAAAGUGACGAUCGCGGGCUUCGACCUGAACAGCUACCGAGACUGCCUGACCAAGUGGAACAAAGCCAUCGAGGUGAUGUACUCCCAGUGCUUGGAGAUCGGGCGGUCCCGGUGCUUGCCCGUCUACUACGAGCAGCUGGUGCUGCACCCCGAGCAGUCCAUGCACGCCAUCAUGAAGUUCCUGGGCAUCUCCUGGAGCGACACGGUGCUGCACCACGAGGAGCUGAUAGGGAAGCCCGGCGGGGUGUCGCUUUCCAAGAUAGAAAGAUCAACAGACCAGGUUAUCAAGCCGGUGAACAUGGAGGCAUUAUCUAAAUGGAUCGGGCACAUCCCAGGGGAUGUGCUGCAGGACAUGGCCCACAUCGCACCGAUGCUCGCCAGGCUCGGCUACGACCCCUACGCCAACCCACCCAACUACGGCCACCCCGACCCCUUAGUUGUCAACAACACGCACAGAGUUUUAAAGGGGGAUUAUAAAACGCCAGCCAAUUUGAAAGGUCAUCUGCAGGUGACUCAGAACACAUCAUCUUCUCACUAAGAAAAUUAAUGAUUUCCAGAACGCUGCAAAUGGCCUUUUGUGGUCCAACAAAGAAGAGUUUGCAAUGGCACCAAGUGGAAAUCGGUUAUCCAAGCAUAUUGCUUGCUUAAUACUAUUGCCAAAAGGACUGCUAUACGAGGAACGUAUUUGCAUUUAUGUGCAAAGGCCAGACGCUCUACGCGUCGCAGGCCCGUCGGUCCGCCUUCUCCGAGCGCUCCGUGGGGAAAGCAUCUGUGGAAAAAUUCACGCUCGGCGGCGGCGGCGAUGGCGUGCGUCGGGAAGAGCUCGCGUGUGCCGUGGCCGGAGGACUCGUUAAAUCGCGUUUAAAUGUCUCGUAACGCCGUUCUCUAAUUCGCGGGUCAGAAAUAGGUGUCCUCACCUUGUA